UCUCAUUCCAGAUUCGAAGAAAGGCGGUGUUUGACUUGUAACAGAACCUUCACCAGCAAACUGCAGAUGAAAAGACACAUCCAUCGAGCUCACAAAAGCAAGACGAUCCCUUGCGACGUGUGCGGCAACAUGUUCGUCCACAAGUCGCAAAUGCAGAAACACAGGCAGGAUGUUCACAUGGCGGAUUACACGCACAAGUGCGACAUGUGCGACCUCUCGUUUAAGACGGAUAACACCUUGAGGAUGCACAAACGAGCCGUACAUAUCAAAGACUAUAAUUUCCAUUGUGAUAAGUGUGGGAAAGGUUUCUUCCACAUGAAGCAGCUCUCGAAUCACUGCCAGGUCGAGCACGAAAAGGUUCCUUUCACGUGUGGCGUAUGCGGCAAGUCUUACAGAUGUGAACAAAGCCUGAAAAACCACCUGCCCACGCACGAUCCAAACUACAAAAAGAAAGAGUACUACUGCAUAAUUUGCGAAAAAGUCUUUGCAAGCAGAACGACCUUCGGCAUGCACAAACGAGAACACAAGAUCGGAAAACUGACGUGCGUUUGCGAAGUGUGCGGUAAAGUAGUGUCAAAUCCGGGCAGUUUAAGGAACCAUAUGGAUAUCCACAGAGGUGUCAAGUCGUAUAAAUGCAACGUCUGCCAAGCUGGGUUUUCUAGCGCGAGCUGUCUUAUGACGCACAAGAGGAUCCAUACUGGGGAAAAGCCGUACGCAUGCGUCAUUUGUGAUAAACGCUUUAGGCAAAAACCGCCUCUCACCAUUCAUAUGAGGACUCAUACAGGCGAGAAACCCUACUCUUGCGACCUUUGUGACCAAAGGUUUAUCAGCAAAAGCGCAAUGAACAGCCAUAGAUGUCGUGGACCUGCAGACGAUAGCACUAAUGAGUAUGUAUGUUUAGCUAAUAGGUAAAUAUAAUAUAAUAAUUA